UCCCGACACUUUCCUUCCCCAAAGCCAUUUUAGUCAAAGGUCAUGUGUGUGUCUUGUCAAAGGCCAGCUUCCAAUGGAAUCAUUGUCCCCCGGGACAGCGGCCCCCUGACUACAUCUGCACUGGAGAAAUCCCAAAAGCAAACGGCCAGUGCAAACAAGAGCAGUCCGCAGCAGCCGUCCCGAGCACAGCUCUCAGGUCGCGGGGCUGCAGCCCAGGCCGCGUCCGCAGCGCCCGGGCAGGAACAGACGCCGAGACUCCCGCAGCAUGACCCGCCACGCCGAUCGGGAGGUGAAAAGUAAGAACAAGAUAAUAUCCCUGUUCACUUUUGCCGUUGGAGUCAGUAUCUGCUUAGGAUUCACUGCACAUCGAAUUAAGAGAGCAGAAGGAUGGGAGGAAGGUCCUCCUACAGUGCUAUCAGACUCCCCGUGGACCAACAUCUCCGGAUCUUGCAAGGGCAGGUGCUUUGAACUUCAAGAGGCUGGACCUCCUGACUGUCGCUGUGACAACUUGUGUAAGAGCUAUACCAGUUGCUGCCAUGACUUUGAUGAGCUCUGUUUGAAGACAGCCCGUGGCUGGGAGUGUACUAAGGACAGAUGUGGAGAAGUCAGAAAUGAAGAAAAUGCCUGUCACUGCUCGGAGGACUGCUUGGCCAGGGGAGACUGCUGUACCAAUUACCACGUGGUUUGCAAAGGAGAGUCCCAUUGGGUUGAUGAUGACUGUGAGGAAAUAAAGGCCCCAGAAUGCCCUGCAGGGUUUGUUCGCCCUCCAUUAAUCAUCUUCUCCGUGGAUGGCUUCCGCGCAUCAUACAUGAAGAAAGGCAGCAAAGUCAUGCCUAAUAUUGAAAAACUAAGGUCGUGUGGCACACAUUCUCCCUACAUGAGGCCGGUGUACCCAACUAAAACCUUUCCUAACUUAUAUACUUUGGCCACUGGGCUAUAUCCAGAAUCACAUGGAAUUGUUGGCAAUUCAAUGUAUGAUCCUGUAUUUGAUGCCACUUUUCAUCUGCGAGGGCGAGAGAAAUUUAAUCAUAGAUGGUGGGGAGGUCAGCCGCUAUGGAUUACAGCCACCAAGCAAGGGGUGAAAGCUGGAACAUUCUUUUGGUCUGUUGUUAUCCCUCACGAGCGGAGAAUAUUAACCAUACUGCAGUGGCUCACCCUGCCAGACAAUGAGAGGCCUUCGGUCUAUGCCUUCUAUUCUGAACAACCUGAUUUCUCUGGACACAAAUAUGGCCCUUUCGGCCCUGAGAUGACAAAUCCUCUGAGGGAAAUCGACAAAAUUGUGGGGCAAUUAAUGGAUGGACUGAAACAACUAAAACUGCAUCGGUGUGUCAAUGUCAUCUUUGUCGGAGACCAUGGAAUGGAAGAUGUCACGUGUGAUAGAACUGAGUUCUUGAGUAAUUACCUAACUAAUGUGGAUGAUAUUACUUUAGUGCCUGGAACUCUAGGAAGAAUUCGAUCCAAAUUUAGCAAUAAUGCUAAAUACGACCCCAAAGCCAUUAUUGCCAAUCUCACGUGUAAAAAACCAGAUCAGCACUUUAAGCCUUACUUGAAACAGCACCUUCCCAAACGUUUGCACUAUGCCAACAAUAGAAGAAUUGAGGAUAUCCAUUUAUUGGUGGAACGCAGAUGGCAUGUUGCAAGGAAACCUUUGGAUGUUUAUAAGAAACCAUCAGGAAAAUGCUUUUUCCAGGGAGACCAUGGAUUUGAUAACAAGGUCAACAGCAUGCAGACUGUUUUUGUAGGUUAUGGCCCAACAUUUAAGUACAAGACUAAAGUGCCUCCAUUUGAAAACAUUGAACUUUACAACGUUAUGUGUGAUCUCCUGGGAUUGAAGCCAGCUCCUAAUAAUGGGACCCAUGGAAGUUUGAAUCAUCUCCUGCGCACUAAUACCUUCAGGCCAACCAUGCCAGAGGAAGUUACCAGACCCAAUUAUCCAGGGAUUAUGUACCUUCAGUCUGAUUUUGACCUGGGCUGCACUUGUGAUGAUAAGGUAGAGCCAAAGAACAAGUUGGAUGAACUCAACAAACGGCUUCAUACAAAAGGGUCUACAGAAGCUGAAACCAGGAAAUUCAGAGGCAGCAGAAAUGAAAACAAGGAAAACAUUAAUGGAAAUUUUGAACCUAGAAAAGAGAGACACCUCCUCUAUGGGCGACCUGCAGUGCUUUAUCGGACUAGAUAUGAUAUCUUAUAUCACACUGACUUUGAAAGUGGUUAUAGUGAAAUAUUCCUAAUGCCACUCUGGACAUCAUAUACUGUUUCCAAACAGGCUGAGGUUUCCAGCAUUCCUGACCAUCUGACCAGUUGCAUCCGGCCUGAUGUCCGUGUUUCUCCGAGUUUCAGUCAGAACUGUUUGGCCUACAAAAAUGAUAAGCAGAUGUCCUAUGGAUUCCUGUUUCCUCCUUAUCUGAGCUCUUCACCAGAGGCUAAAUAUGAUGCAUUCCUUGUAACCAAUAUGGUUCCAAUGUAUCCUGCUUUCAAACGGGUCUGGAGUUAUUUCCAAAGGGUAUUGGUGAAGAAAUAUGCUUCGGAAAGAAAUGGAGUUAACGUGAUAAGUGGGCCAAUCUUCGACUAUGACUAUGAUGGCUUACAUGACACAGAGGACAAAAUAAAACAGUACGUGGAAGGCAGCUCCAUUCCUGUUCCAACUCACUACUACAGCAUCAUCACCAGCUGUCUGGAUUUCACUCAGCCUGCCGACAAGUGUGACGGCCCUCUCUCUGUGUCCUCCUUCAUCCUGCCUCACCGGCCUGACAACGAGGAGAGCUGCAAUAGCUCAGAGGACGAGUCGAAAUGGGUAGAAGAACUCAUGAAGAUGCACACAGCUCGGGUGCGUGACAUUGAACAUCUCACCAGCCUGGACUUCUUCCGAAAGACCAGCCGCAGCUACCCAGAAAUCCUGACACUCAAGACAUACCUGCAUACAUAUGAGAGCGAGAUUUAACUUUCUGAGCAUCUGCAGUACAGUCUUAUCAACUGGUUGUAUAUUUUUAUAUUGUUUUUGUAUUUAUUAAUUUGAAACCAGGACAUUAAAAAUGUUAGUAUUUUAAUCCUGUACCAAAUCUGACAUAUUAUGCCUGAAUGACUCCACUGUUUUUCUCUAAUGCUUGAUUUAGGUAGCCUUGUGUUUCUGAAUAGAGCUUGUAAUAAAUACUGCAGCUUGAGUUUUUAGUGGAAGCUUCUAAAUGGUGCUGCAGAUUUGAUAUUUGCAUUGAGGAAAUAUUAAUUUUCCAAUGCACAGUUGCCACAUUUAGUCCUGUACUGUAUGGAAACACUGAUUUUGUAAAGUUGCCUUUAUUUGCUGUUAACUGUUAACUAUGACAGAUAUAUUUAAGCCUUAUAAACCAAUCUUAAACAUAAUAAAUCACACAUUCAGUUUUU